UGCUGCCUCAAACCUCAAUGGACCGAGGAGAGACCGCGCUGCUGUCGCCGCAGGACGCGUGCCGCUGGACCGGAGCCUUAAGUGCAUGAGACCCUGACCCACUGCACCGCUCUUUUCUGAAGCUCAAGUGCACUCCUCUGAUCUUCUGAUGUGGUCCUCUCUGCACAUGCCUCGCGUGUCCAUCAUGGACCUGUCGGCCGAAAGCAUCCAUCCCGCGACCCUCCGCGCACUGCUGCUCUCAUGCGUCACGCUGCUGUUCACGGUGCACCUGUGGCGCUGGCUCCGGCUGCGCUCCUCACCCCCGGGUCUCUCACUCCCUGGACCCCCGCUCCCCGGGCCUCUCCCGUGGCCCAUCAUAGGGAACGCGGCACAGAUGGGCAGUGCGCCGCAUAAGUACUUUAAGCAUUUGACCAAAAAAUACGGAGAUGUCUUCCAGAUUAAGCUGGGCUCGAGGCCCGUGGUGGUUCUGAACGGAGACUCCAUCAGACAAGCGCUCGUCAAACAGGGGCAGGACUUUGCGGGGAGACCAGACUUUACCUCGUUUAGGUACGUCUCUGAGGGCAACGGGGUCGCGUUCAACACGCCAUCAGACUGGUGGAAGGUGCACCGAAAGAUAUCCCACUCCACUUUACGCAUGUUUUACCAGGGCAACCCCGAGACCAAGAAAACGUUUGAGCGUCAUAUUUUGUCUGAGUUCGGGGAACUUCUGCAGCUCUUUGUGGAAAAGACACAAGAGAAGCUCUACUUUGUGCCCAUGACUUAUCUGGUGGUGUCCACGGCAAACAUCAUGAGCGCGCUCUGCUUCGGAAAGCGCUACUCUUAUGAGGAUGAGGAGUUUCGGCAGGUGGUGGGACGAAAUGAUCAGUUCACCAAGACAGUGGGCGCGGGCAGCAUCGUGGACGUGAUGCCGUGGCUGCAGUACUUUCCAAACCCCAUCAAAACCAUCUUCGACAACUUCAAGAGUUUGAAUCUGGAGUUCUGCACCUUCAUCCGCGAUAAAGUGAUGGAGCAUCGCAAGACCAUGGAAACCGGGACCAUCCGGGACAUGACUGACGCGUACAUCGUGGCGCUGGACAAUCUGCGGGACCGCUCCGGGAUCACGCUGGAGAAGGACUUUGUCACGCCGACUGUGGGAGACGUGUUUGGGGCGAGUCAGGACACCCUGUCCACGGCGCUGCAGUGGAUCAUCCUGAUCCUCAUCAGGUUCCCAGACAUGCAGCGUCGUCUUCAGGAGGAGGUGGACAAAGUGGUUGAUCGUGAGCGUUUACCUUCUCUCGAGGACCAGCCGCGUCUCCCUUACGUCAUGGCGUUCAUCUACGAAGUCAUGCGUCUGUCCAGUUUUGUGCCCUUAACCAUCCCCCACGCUACCACCACCGACACCUCCAUCAACGGAUACUCUGUGCCGAAGAACACCGUCGUCUUCAUCAACCAAUGGUCCAUCAACCACGACUCCAAACUCUGGGACGACCCCGAAACCUUCAACCCGCUUAGAUUUCUAACACCAGAGGGCGCCCUGAACAAAGAUCUGACCAGUAGUGUGCUUAUGUUCUCUCUGGGGAAGCGAAGGUGCAUCGGUGAAGAGUUGUCCAAACUGCAGCUGUUUUUGUUUACCGCGCUCAUCGCUCAUCAGUGUAAUAUCAAGUCUGACCCCUCCAGGCCACCGUCCAUGGACUACAGCUACGGGCUAACGCUAAAGCCGUACGCGUAUCACAUCGCGGUGACGCUAAGAGACGGGAGAGGAGGGGAGCAGACGGACUCGCAUAAAAGUAGUGGGCAUAAGGAGACCAUGAAGGAAGGCUGAACAAAAACCUCCAGCUCUGAAGUUUGGAGCGCAGUUGUUAACGAUGGGAGAAAGUAAAUUAGCUUUUAAACUCAUCCAGAAGAUUUGACAAAAUGACUGAACUAUAUUAGAAAAGUUAUAUUCUAUACACACAAAAUGUUCUCGUAUUUUUUUCAAUUUGAACCACAGUCCUUCUGAUCGGAGGGUAGAUGUUUGCCGACAGCACGAGAUAAAAAGAGAGUAAAAAAAUUCAACUGAAAGAGACAAAAAAGUAAGAAAAAAGUCAACAUACCAUUAUAAUAAAAGAAAUUUGGCUAACAGUCCUAAAUCUACACAGGCAUUGGCGUAACUAGAAAACGUUAUGGUUGGAUCACGAUUUAACUUUAGCAACGAUUACCAAAACACUCAAAAUUAAACCCUAAAUACCUAAAUACCUGACCCUAAAUAAAUAUACUAUGUAAACUUUUUCCAUUUAAAUAUUUUAUGAUAAGUGGUUUUAAUUAGAUACCUCAAACUUUACACAAUUUGCUUUGGAUCAACAUGAAUAAUUAGCUGGAAAAAAGGUUACAUAUACUUAAAAAUGGACAACAAUUCAUCUUUUUACACUGAAAAUGAUCAGAACCAAUGAUCAGAAUGUUCAAAUACUUCACUAAUUCUGCUUUUCCCCAUCACUUUCAACUGUACUUCCAAACUCUGAUCACGUAUGAGAGGUUAAUAUAUAUUUAUAAGCUCAAAUCUCAGGCUAAAUGUAUUGUGGAUUUUGUAUCGAGACUUUAAAGUAUUACAUGACCUAUACUUACAUGGCCUUCGUGACUUAUCGGGAGUUGAACCCACAACCUCGGCCUGUUAUAUCACUGGAGACAGGCCACUGGACGAAUGCUGCUGUUUCACUAAACAUGGACACACUUUUGCUGUGAAGUUAUUGACUUGUAUUUUGCUGUGUUAACGUAAAAUAACCUAUAUUUUUUAUUAUCCAGGAAUGAAAACGAGUGCUAUUUUAAUACUACAGUUUUCUACGUGCAUUUUGGCAUAUUUAAUACCUGUAGUUCAUGCUGUAACGUUAACAGUUACAUAAGCUUUUAGUUAUCUCUCGGCCUUUUAAAAUAUAUCACAAAUAGUGGAGAGUUUGUGAAUAGAUACAGGUUUGGUGCUCUUGACGUCAUUGAGUUAGAAUGUUAUUGAUUUCCAAGACACAUAUUAUUUUAGUAAGGAAAUGCAAGAUAUUUAUAUUAGUUUAAAAAAUAUAUGUAUGUAUGUAUGACUUAGACAUAUCUAUCUCCAUGGAGACAAUAAAGCAAAGUUACAGGUCAGACAGCCCCACUCAAGACAUGUUUUUCAAGAUAUCUUUGAGUUACAGUAUAUAAAUGCCAUACACUGAACAUUCUAGGUAAAGGAAUAACAUCUCCAUGGAGACAAGCAAGAGGCAGAACUUGCACCAGAAAAAGUUACACAGUGCACCUUUAAAGUUAGAACCAUGAUUACACAUCUAUACUGUUGUUAUGUCUUUGGGCAAGGCACUGUGACAAAGUAACACGAUUACUUCAAAAUUAUGACUUUAAAUGUCCAUCAAAGGCUAAAACAAAUAGAAUUAUUAAAGAAAAAGUUGUUAAUAAACUUGCAUGUAACUUGGGUGAAAAGACAUUUUUUGAGGGUUGUCAUUAGUUAGCAAGACUUGUUUUUCCAAAGAAAGAAGUGACAUAAUUAUUGCAAAACUACUGUAUGGUUUGCGUCACAACUUUUCCACCUGAAACUUACUUAGAAAUUGGACAAUGUGAAUUCAUGCAUUGGUGCUUGCUUACAGUAUAUACAGUCCGACUUUCUAUUAUUUAGAACGUUCUCUUUACCUCCACCACUAUUUUUGCCUUACAUUUAGCAUAGCAUAAUUUACUGUAUAAAACAACAGAUAAUUCAACUCAGGAAUAUAAUAUGCAAGACUCAUUUUGACACUGUUCAGACCAGAUUACACAAACUCAAACGGUGGACUGUACAAUACUCACUUUAGAACAGUGUUACGUAGCUAUAGUGUUUAAGUUUUAUUUGUGACAUUUUUUUUCAAUGUCAGACGCUGCUUCAUACGGACUCUCUUUUGAUGCCAGUAGCUACAAUUUUUGCAAAAAAGCUACACGAUUUUUACUGGAGUGAACUCUGAAUUUUGAGUUAUUUGGUCUUGAAUUGUACAAUGCUCAAUGGUAUUUCUGAUCAGUUUAGUCCAGCUUAAAACAAGAAUUAAAAGGUGCAAAUGUUUUGAAAAAAAAAAAAAA